UAUCUGGCUUGGUUGGUGGAAGCUCAAGACAGAUAGGGCAAGAAUUGUGGACCCUUCAAGUUGGCUGACAGGCUUUAUUGAGGAAAAAAAGAAAAAAAAAAAGGGAGACAGAGGAGGAGAGCCGCACUCAUCACCACUCCCCCUCCCAGCAAAUGAGAGAGCAAGUCUAAAUCAUGUUGCUUAUCAGUGCUGUUGUGCUGUGAUGUUGCUCAGGCCGAGCCCAGCACAGAACAGGCAGCCUCGUGGACCAAUACACCGACCCAGAACCAGCCUAGCCUUCUCAGAGCUGGAGACACUCGCCUCGCCUCGUCUCUCACCUCCACCGCGUGCCUCCCACAGUGACAUGUACCCUGAAGAGAGCCGGGGGUCUGGAGGGGUAGCCAGUGUUGACUUCUUGGAGGGGACGUACGACUACGCCGUCCCUACCCCUGCUCAGACUCCUCUCUACAGCCACACCAACACUGGCUUCUACUCUGCUCCACUGGAUGAUGGUAGUCGUCAGUCCCUGGGCAGUGGGCCUGUCAGUCCUCAUGCGUAUAUGCCCUCCAGCCCCCGACUCAGCCCCUUCAUGCACCCGCCCAGCCACCACUAUCUGGAAACCACUGCAACACCCGUCUACAGGUCCAGUCAGCAGUCGGCAUCCAGAGAGGAUCACUGUGGUAUCAGUGACGAGGUGUACAGUGUGGGGGAGUCAGGUGCUGGAGCCGCAGUCGAAGGAUUUGAGAUGGCUAAAGAGACGCGCUUCUGUGCCGUGUGCAGUGACUAUGCCUCUGGGUACCACUACGGGGUGUGGUCCUGCGAGGGCUGCAAGGCCUUCUUCAAGAGGAGCAUCCAGGGUCACAAUGACUACAUGUGCCCAGCAACCAAUCAGUGUACUAUUGACAGGAAUCGGAGGAAGAGCUGCCAGGCUUGCCGACUUAGGAAGUGUUACGAAGUGGGCAUGAUGAAAGGAGGCAUGCGCAAGGACCGUAGCCGCGCUCUGAGGCGUGACAAAAGACGGACUGGGACUAGUGAGCGAGAUCAGGCCUCCAAGGACCUCGACAACAAAACAGUGCCCCUCCAGGACAGGAGGAAACGUGGCAGCAGCACUAGAGUGGGAGGCAGAGGAGGAAAGUCAUCCGUCACUAGCAUGCCACCUGACCAGGUGCUGCUCCUGCUCCAGGGUGCUGAGCCCCCAAUUCUGUGCUCCCGUCAGAAGCUGAGUCGCCCUUACACUGAGGUCACCAUGAUGACGCUGCUCACCAGCAUGGCCGACAGAGAGCUGGUCCACAUGAUCGCCUGGGCCAAGAAGCUUCCAGGUUUCCUGCAGCUGUCCCUUCAUGACCAGGUGCAGCUGCUGGAGAGCUCCUGGUUGGAGGUGCUUAUGAUUGGACUCAUCUGGAGGUCCAUUCACUGCCCAGGCAAGCUCAUCUUUGCACAGGACCUCAUCCUGGACAGGAAUGAAGGCAACUGUGUCGAGGGCAUGGCUGAGAUCUUUGACAUGCUGCUGGCCACCACCUCCCGCUUCCGCAUGUUGAAACUCAAACCCGAGGAGUUCAUCUGCCUCAAAGCUAUCGUCCUGCUCAACUCUGGUUCCUUCUCUUUCUGCACCGGCACGAUGGAGCCACUCCACGACGCGGCCGCAGUGCAGGACAUGCUGGAAACCAUCACAGAUGCUCUCAUACAUCACAUCAGCCAAACGGGAUGCUCUGUUCAGCAGCAGUGGAGACGACAGGCCCAGCUUCUUCUCCUGCUCUCCCACAUCAGACACAUGAGCAACAAAGGCAUGGAGCAUCUCUACAGUAUGAAGUGCAAGAACAAGGUACCACUGUACGACCUGCUGCUGGAGAUGCUGGACGCUCACUGUCUUCACCGGCCAGCAAGACCAGCUGAGGCCUGGCUCCAGUUGGACUUGGAGUCCUCCACCACCACUAACGACAACGACAACAGCAGCGGUGGUGGUGUCUCAUCUUCAGCAGGCUCCAGUUCAGGACCUCGCAGCAGCCAUGAGAGUCCGAGCAGAGCCGCGUCAGGUCCAGGUGUCCUGCAGUAUGGAGGGUCCCUCCAACUGCACCCACAUCCUAUGAGACCGAACAUGGAGAUCUGUGGAGUUCAGGAUGAAGGAUUUAAAACUUGUGUUAAAUUUGUGUUAUCAGAUAAUUAUUUAUGAAUUAAGUUGUUGUUGUCGUAGUUGUUUAGGAAGGAAAAACUCCUUUGCACUGUUUCCAAUUCACCACAAUCUACAAGCUUUGAUGCAGUUUCUUCUUUAUCUGUGAUUCUGAUUUACUUUUUUUUAAAACUGUGUUACAGUAAAACAGCCAGCGCUCAUUCAUGUUAUGGCUUUUCCUUCUGUUAAAGUGAUUUCAAAUGAUGAGCAGCUAAUUUUCUUUGCCUCAACCAAAGUGCACUUCCUCUGGAGUUUGAGGGAAUUAUUUUUACUUUCACAAACCAAAAAAGUCUUUGACUCCGCACUAAAGCUAAAAAAAAAUGUGUAAAAUGAAACUAACUUAUUUCAAUCAUUUAAAAAUGUUUCUGGGGAGAAAAUAUAUAUUAAAAUUGUGAAUGUAUUUGUUGAAAUUGUAAUACCAAAACAAAUUGUGAGAUUUUGUCCUGACGUUCAACAUUUUGAUCAUGUAAAAAAUUACAACCUACCAGCUCAACCCUGUCUUUUGUUUCAUAGACACAUGUGCAACCCUUCAUACAGGAUGAGAACAUUAGAUUUGAGAGCUGUUCAGUCUGAUGCGACUGUCAUUUGUUCACUGUGCAUAAAAAUAAAAGCCUCAACACAGAA